CGGAAGUGGAUCACACGUGUUUUGCAGAAAACAUCAACAAACUUCAACUUGGCAAUUAUAUUUUUAUCGAUCACACUUCCAAAUAAAACAAAUUAACUAUGGAUAAGAGCAAAAGUAAAAAGUCAAAGACAUUUAAAUCGAAACCUAAGGCCAGUGGGAAGAAAUCAGUGCAGUAUGAAACAAGUGCUGAAGAUAAAUUUGGCAGCAGUCACAAAGGAAGACGUCAUCGGUUUUCUAUAUCUCAUAAAUACGUCAACCCAUUUCCAGAUAAUAAUAAGACUUCUACAGACAAUGAUCAAAUGGUACAGGAGUUUACUAUAAAUCUGGGACAACUAAGUGAGUCAAAGGUCAAGCAUCAUGUCAAUAACUGGUCUAAAAGAAAGAAAUGGCUACAAUCAGAUGAUAAACCUGGCAAACCUGAAUCAAAAACAAAAAAAAGGCGAAAACAGAAUGCAACAGAAUGGAGGAAAGAUAAAAAGAAUAAAGAUUAUCAAAUCAGUAGAGAACUAGAAGAUCCAUUUCCUGGAAAUGCACCGGUUGAUCCCAAAAAGCUAGAGAAAUAUAGAAGAACUGAUACGGAUGAACUGAAAGAAGCUAGAAUGUUGUCAGCUAAACCAGAGAUGAGACUUACUAAAGCUAAAACAGACUAUGCUGUAGAAUUAUCAGCUAGAUCAGAUUUUCUAUUACCAGAUAAUUCUGGUGGUAUAGAAGCUGAAGAAGGAGAAGAUACAGCUGAUUUAAAACAGUAUGACAUCAUAAAUGCUGUUGAUAUAACUAGUGCUUCUAAGUCUUUUGAUUUGAAACUACCCUUGUUUGGUCCAUAUCAUAUGAACUACAGUAGAAAUGGAAGAUUUCUGUUAUUGGGUGGAGGCAAAGGUCAUGUGGCAGCUAUUGAUUGGCAGACUAAAAAACUUAUGUGUGAAAUGAACGUGAUGGAGAGAACGCAUGAUGUAAAAUGGUUACAUAUAGAGACUAUGUUUGCUGUAGCACAGAAAGAAUGGACAUAUAUUUACGAUAAUCAAGGCAUUGAAUUACAUUGUUUAAAAGCUUUAAAUAAACCUCUACGAAUGGAGUUUCUACCUUACCACUUUCUACUGGCUACUGGUUCAUCUGAAGGGUUUUUAUCAUAUUUAGAUGUAUCUGUUGGUAAACUAGUAACUAGUACUAGAACAGGUUAUAACAGAUUAGAUGUUAUGUGUCAAAAUCCUAGUAACGCUGUUAUACAUUUUGGUCAUGCAGGAGGUACUGUUACAUUGUGGUCACCCAAUGUUAAAAAACCUCUAGCGAAGUUAUUAUGUCAUCAUAUGGGUGUGACAUCAGUAGCUGUAGAUAAUAGUGGAACCUAUAUGGCUACAUCUGGAAUGGAUAGGCAGUUAAUGUUAUGGGAUCUAAGAAAUUAUAAAUGUUUACAUAAAUACAGAAUACAAUCAGGAGCUGGCCAUUUAUCAUUCAGUCAAUCUGGUCAUCUAGCUGCAUCUAUGGGUAGUGUUGUUCAGGUAUACAGUGAUGCGUACAGACAGAAGAUUAAAUCCCCUUAUUUAAUACAUAGAUUAGACAGUUGUAUAUCAGGUUUACAGUAUUGUAAUUAUGAAGAUGUUUUAGGUGUGGGACAUAGUAAUGGUUUUAGUAGUCUACUAAUUCCAGGUGCUGGUGAAGCUAAUUUUGAUGGUUUUGAAGCUAAUCCUUACCAAACAAAGAAACAGAGACGUCAAGCAGAAGUUAAGAUGUUAUUAGAAAAGGUACAACCAGAAAUGAUUACUCUUGACAACACAGCUUUAUCAAAGGUUGAUACUGUUACCAUGGGAAGAGAUUUAGAAGAAAGAAACAAACUAAGGUAUUUGGAGGAAAAGAAGAUCAGUUAUACACCUAAAUAUAGAAUGAAGGGUAAGAGCAGUGGAUUAAAACGUGAGAAUCGUAAACAAGGUGUUAAAAACCGAGUGAUUAAAGAUGAUAUUAAGGAAAUAUUGAAAGAAAAAAGACGAGAUAAUCGUGAGAAGAAACUACUGAAUCAAAGAGGUCCAAAACAUGUUCUUGAUAGAUUUAAAAGAAAUAAAGAAUAAACUAGUUUUGUAUGGAUUAAAAUAUGUACAUAUACGAAUUAAAAUAUUGCAAAUCU